GCUGUCAUGACCUGGAAAAGAGAAAUGCAAGUCUGGUUCCUCUUCAAAUUCAUGGAAUUCGCUUUGUCCUGUCUUUGUUUGGCCAUACAUUUCAUGGGCUUGGAUGAUGUGGAACCCAUACCCCAUGCCGUGAUUUAUUGUGGCACCUAUUUCGGUUUCACUCUCCUCACGGCAUUUGGUAGUGUCGGCAUUCUGCUUGGACGCCCGGCCAAGCCCCUAAUGGAGGCCAUUAUCAGUGGCACAGGUGCGUUAAUGUUUAUUCUGGCCUCCCUCCUGACCAUGUAUCAUGCCGAAAGAGAUUUCCAUUUGAUGUAUUUGUCGGAUUUUGAGGAGCCCCUCCAUGGCUUUUUUGGGCAUUGCAAACACCAGAGCAUUGCCUCCCUGGCCACGGGUUUACUGUUGCUUUUGCAUUGUGUUUUGGCAGUGGAUAUUUGUUGGAUACGUCAGCCGACCAUGUCGAUAUUUGAGGAUGAGAAUGAAGCCGCUUUACAGCCUUUGAGGUUAUAUUUUGUCAGUGAAAGUGUGGAGGGGUAUUUGCAGCAAUUUCAAUGGUUCCGGGGGUAUUUGUUGCAUGAUGGCAAGGGAGGAGAACAGAAGGAAGUUCAAAGGACUUCAAAGACCCACAGAGGCCAGAAACAUCAUAAGCGAGAAAGGGUAAUUCCGGUGAAUCCCAAUGAAAAUAUCGAAGGAACCUCAUCGCUUUCGACCACAUCUUUGAAUACCUCACAACUCUAUGAUAAAUCCGAAAUUGUGUGACCCAAAUAAUCUUCUAUAUUUUGAAUAAAUCUUUCAGAUUAAA